UGGCAGAACUGAAGAAGAACUGAAAGAAGUACCGUAGUCUAAAAGCAUCAUUUAGUUAUACUAUUAUAGACUUAAACUGUAGAUUAAUAGGUGAGAGGCAGUGAAGCAUGGAGGCAGACUUGUGCUGUAACUUUAAAAAAUGCCGGAAAAGAUUGAAUACUUUUGCUUGGAUAACAUCCUGCUCUCACAUUUUCUGUGAUGAAGAUGGAACAAGGGAGUUCAACAAAGCAUUCACUUGUCCUGCAUGUCAAACCAGUCUCUCAGGUAAACUUGAUAUCAUUCGGAUUGACCUGCAACCUUCAGAGCAAUACAAGUCAAUGGUGCUGUCUGGAUUAAAGCCUGAAACUAUAAUGGAGAUCUGCACCAGAUCAAUGGCAUUCUGGACAUACCAGUCCCAUCAGGAGAGAGCCUAUCAGGAGUAUGUGGCUAAAAAGUCAAAAGAUCGUAUUUCUCAAUUGGAGCAAUGCUAUGAAACACUUGCAAAUAAGUCAUCAGCUGAAAUCCAAGCAUUAAAGCUCCAAAUAUCGAGUAAUCGUAAGGAGCUUGAUUCAACGAAAACACAAUACCAAACAGCCUCUGAGAAAUUUUUGGAAAAAUCACGACAGUAUCAGAAGCUUCAAGCCCUCUAUGAUGCUUUGCGUAGGAAAAGUAUCAAUCCAUCUCAUUUUGAAAAUCAGAUGGAUAUGAGCUAUAAUGAUGAGCGUUCAUUCAACACAAGCAUUGGUUCGGGUGGGGAUGGAUUUACAAGACAAACUGAUAGGAGACAUUCCACAUCUCCACCUGAGAGGGACUUUGUCCUGCAACCAAGGAGUACACCUUUAAUCUCACGGCAAAGAUCAUCAGUUGAGAAUUUACAGCAACAAUUUGGAUUGGAUCUUCUGUCUUCCACAAGUGUUGAUAGGGGGAGC